AUGACUGCUGCUGGAAUUAGUUUGACUGGAGGUCGAAACCGAUGCUUUUCGGAAUGGCAGUCGUUCAUGCACUGCACAGCCAAGACUGAUGCCAAAAGCCGGGCUCAGUGUCUCCCCAACUUUGAGGACUACAUGGAGUGUUUGCAUCAUACCAAGGAGAAGGCUCGUCUGCGAGAGAUUGAGUCUGUUCUCAAGCAGAAGAAGGAGGGUCUUGAGGCUCCCCCCGUCAAGGUCAUCCCCGUCAAGGCCAUUGGUCUUGUCGAGGAGUAG